AUGAUCUUGAGGACUUUACUUAUUCUUUUUUCACUCUAUGCAGGAGUUUCUUCAUUGAACUGCUACUCCUGCGGGGUUUUCUUAUCUGCACCUACUGACAAUUGCAAAGGAGCACCAACGGAAACUGUUUGUGACCCUGAUCAUUUAGGAUGUGUAUCUAUAAGCGGAAAAAACACAGACGGAACCUAUUAUGUUGAAAGGAGAUGUGCGGAUCCUAGGGACGACUUAACCCAAGGAUGUCAAAAUAUUGCUAUUCAUGGAAUCAAAGCAACUCAAUGUUUAUGUGACUAUGACUACUGUAAUGGUUCAAAUCAGAAUGGAUUUCUGUUAUCGUUGACAUUUACAUCGCUGAUGUUGAUGUUCUGCUAUGCUUGA